UUGGAUCAGAUCAAGAAACAGAGUUAUUGUGAUGUAUUGAUUGGACAUGUUCUAAUAGUUUCAGCGCUUUGGACAGAUGUUUGCUGUGGUUUAAAAUGAAGACUGUAUUCUCUGUAGGUGAAUAUGGAAGGGUGGUUAGAGUUUCCCCCGGUCUCCAGUAAAGUGGAGCAGCAGAAGAUCCAGCUCUGAUCAGCAGCUCCACACCUCUGUACUCAGACUGCUCUGCUGGAGGAACACCAUCAGCUCACCUGCUGCAGAACUGAACCAAGUCUUCUCCUGAUUCCAGUUUCAGCUUCACAAAUACAAUCAGAAGAUUUCACAUAUGUUAAGCUGCUGAACGAAGGGAAGAACAUGGCAUCCAGAGAAAUCUCCAAUUCACAGCAUUCGCCCUCUCCUAUAGCUCACAGUCAAAUGCAAAAAAAUAAGAAAACUCAUCACUGUUCAGACUGUGGAAAGAACUUUACUAAAAAGUGUCAUCUCCAGCGACACCAGCGCAUUCACACUGGAGAGAAACCAUAUCAGUGUCCAGACUGUGGGAAGAGUUUUAAUCAACACAGUCAUCUACAGCAACACCAGGUUGUUCACACUGGAGAGAAACCGUAUCUCUGCUCAGACUGUGGGAAGAGUUUUAGUAAUGACAGUAGUCUCCGAACACACAGACGCAUUCACACUGGAGAGAAACCGUUUCACUGCAUAGAAUGUGGAAUGAAUUUUAAUCAACAAAGUAAUCUCCAACAACACCAGCGAAUUCACACUGGAGAAAAACCGUAUCCCUGUUUAGAUUGUGGGAAGAGUUUUAUUAAUCAGAGUAGCCUCCGAACACACCAGCGCAUUCACACUGGAGAGAAACCGUAUCACUGCUCAGACUGCGGGAAGAGUUUUAAUACUCGGACUAGUUUACGAACACAUAAACGCAUUCACACUGGAGACACACCGUUUCAGUGCUCAGACUGUGGGAAGAGUUUUACUCGUCAGUAUCAUCUCCAACAACAUCAGCGCAUGCACACUGGAGAGAAACCCUAUUACUGCUCAGAGUGUGGAAAGAGUUUUAGUAAACAGAGUAAUCUCCAACAACACCAGCUUAUUCACACUGGAGAGAAACCGUAUUACUGCUCAGAGUGCGGAGAGAGCUUCAGGUAUUUACAAUCAUUCAAGAAACACAAUUGCAUUAUGGGCAGUCAGGAAAUGAGCAGUGAAACACCAGAUGAAUUCAUCCCAGAUCCCAACCCAGAACUAUUGGUAACAUUUUUACAGGGAAGACUGUUGGUUUAAACUAUUUUUGAAGCAUAUUAACAAAACAAAAUAUAGUUGUGUAUACUAAGUGUUAAGUCCAGUUUUCAACCCAUACACUGAAUAAAUCCUUUUAAGCAACAUCCUGAAGUAGAGCUCAGUUCAUAAGAUAGAGUGAGUGCAGUCAAGAAAUUGUUGAUUAUAGAGUCAUGUACUUUUUUUUUUUGCAACAACUCAAGUUAUUUCCCCCUACUGCCAUCAGGGGCACAUUGUUUAGCUAUUACCAUCCCACUUUCAGACAUUGAGAUGUCACUAUGACUGCUUCUGAUGGUCUGCACUAACACAGUUAAUAGCCAAUGCAAGCAGCAAAAAACUCUCAAGAUAUUACUGAUAAAAAUCAAAGCAGAGGAUGGACCUACAGACAGACACCAAUGAGACAAUUCCAGCAUCUCCAAUUCACUUGAGGGCAUGUGUUUGAACAGUUGUAAAAAGAGAAUGUGCCAUCCAGUGCUAUGUUGCUGUUUUAAUAAAUACAUUAGUAAAUAUUAAGCACAAAAUGUAAUUAAUUCAAAAUUAUAUUAUGAUUGCGUGGCACAGGAUUAAAACAAGCGAUUUUUGGCGGGGCGGGUGGUAAUGGACUAAAACAAGCGGGAACAGGCAGGAGCACAUUUAAAAAAGCAGUCUUGCGCAGACUUCUGUUAUGUGAUAUUGUGCGUUGUCUGCCAGCUCAAAGUCGUGUCAGAGGCCUAAUGAUUGCCACCAACCCCUGGAGACCUUGGGAGUAUGGGUGGGCCAUGAUGUUGUUGAAACUCUGCAACAAAGCAUGUGAAAUUGUAAAAAUAAUAUUUUUAAAUGGGUGGUGAUGAAUACUUUGAGAGCGGUUACAGACCAGGGUGCAUCCAGUAAGUUUCUGAGUGAAGUGAUGCCGCCAAGUACCUAAUCUUUGACCUUUGUUAGUAAUGUCUUUGAACAUGUUCACGCUUGGGUCUGAACACAGGCUUACAACUAAAAGCACAGACCUACAUGUCUCAACUCUACAUGUAAGUAAACAGAGGUACUUUAUCAGGAAGUGCAUAAUCACGCUAAAGCAGUUUUUGAAACAAAGAAAAGGUGUAAGCACGACUAACCCAAGCAAUAAUGUGAUAUUUAGAGGUGAAAAGCAAGAUACACGUGAGGAUUCUAGUGUCUUUUUCAUGUUGUCCAUUUGCAGCCUUUCCAUGCUUGAAACACUAGAUGCCACUAGCAGAGUCGUUAGGAGUGCAGAGGAGGACUGUUGCUAUGGUAGUUCAGAUUAGUAUGGGCACACACUCUGAAUGUCCAGAUGACCCUUUAACUUAAUUUUGACCAUGAUUUGAACUCUGACAGCACCAAUAAUGAAGCUAUUACAUACAAGGACCUUUUGACUGACAUUAAUGCCGUCCCUGACACUUUUAGUUUGUAUAAGAGUUGAUACCAAGCCAUUUAAUUUUAGUGCUAUAAUAAUUUAUUACUGCUGGAAAGCAUAAGGGAUGGUUGAUAUAUUGUUAAGGUAUUUGAGAAAUAAAGUGUUUUGGUGCUGUUUAAAAUUGUUUUGACUGACCGCUACACUAUCUGGUAAUUAUUUUUAUAAUUACCAGAUUUCUUUGGGUUAUGUACUGAUAUGUAUGCUGGCUUGUGUAUGUUUUGAUUUGCAUAUGGCAUAGUGUUAAUAGCAUGUUUCAUCGUAAAUUGUUAUAAUGUGUAGAAGUUAAUUUCCUUUUUGUAUUUCUUGUAGUUUUAUCCAACUUCCAAUAAACCAUUAAUUGCUGAUUA